AUGGAUUCCCUAAAAGCUUACUGGACCUAUUUAGUGCGCUGUUCUCAGUCUCUGAUUCUGGAUCAUGGCUACUGGAAAUCAAAGGAUGAGAAAGUCAUGUAUCUUCAUGAUGUUGUGAUGGUCAAACUUAGCCGCUUGCUUUUGAAGAAUCUGGAUCAGAUCGGAUGUUGCAGAUCACUGAGAAUUUGCAUCUUGGCUGACAACUUCCUGACCAGGAUUGAAGCUGUGAUGGCAUGCACACACCUGGUUAAAUUAGAUCUUAAAGGAAAUCAGAUUAUUCAUCUCCCUGAUGCUUCAUGUUGGAGUCAACUGAAAGAUUUGCAACUUCUGUAUCUUCACGACAACAACAUGGCAACCUGGGAUGAUAUUAAUGGCUUGUCUGGCUGUUUAAACCUGACAGCAUUAACUCUCUUUGAUACGCCGCUCAGUUUAAAGAAGAACUACAGGCACUGCGUGGUAAACAACAUAUGGUCACUGAAGGCCCUGGACAACUAUGUUAUCUCUGAUGAAGAAAUUAUUCAAAACUGGUCCCUUUCCUUUCAAUUUAAAGCAAUGAAACAACACUUUCUUGUCAAUCUGUAUUCAUCAAAGCCGGAUUCAUUUGAGACAGAGUUAAAAGCUGCGUAUAAAUUAAUUGCAGAGAUCAACAGGAUUCAGGCCUUUUGUUGCCCUACACUUAUUAUACAGCGCUGGAUUCGAGGCUAUUUAAUUAGAAAGCACCUUGGAAUCAGUCUUUGUGGUAGAAAGAAGCGGACAUGGCCAGAGAAGUCAUUCAUUUCCACUCCACCUGUGAAUGCAGAAAAAGAGCAGGUAUUGCCACAAUCUCAGGAAAUCAUGGAAGAGGACAAUAAUAAUCAUUGUGUGUUGGUUUCAUUUGAGGCUACAAAUGCUAAACCAUCUGACAGCCAAAAGGACACAAAUUCACCAUACAUCACCUCUCAAAACCGUACAAGCCUGAAAUCAGAACUAAACACAUCUAACCAAGAUGCCAAAGUGACUGGUAAUGAAGACAUUAAGGAAGCAGCAUUUUGUGUUUUGGGAAUGAAGGUCCACCAGACUGUGCCAACGAGUAACACAUUAACAUCCCGUAAUGCCAUGGCACAGGAGAUCCGUGACACCAUCAGACAUCUUCACACCCAGAGGCCUGGUCCACAGCCUCACUCACCUGCAAUUACUUCAGUGAAACAUCUGAUUGGUCACUGCCAUGGCACCAUCAGCUUUACCCCUUUCAGAGUCAUUGAUAAAGCCCGCAUAGCGCGUGAGAGGGCCGAGAUGCAGAGGCACCUGGCGGAGAAUGUAACCGAGCAGCAAUUUGACCGUGAGGUUGCCAAGGGCCGGCGAGAUGAUUUCAUGGAGGCUCGCAGGACAGAGGCAUGCCUUCGCCAGAAGAGUGACCAAGUGGACAUGGACAAAACUCUCAGUCUACAGAGAGCAAAGAGAGACGAGGACAUCCAACAGGCACGCCACAAACACGCACAGUUCAUGGAAGACAAGAGGCGGAAGGUACGAGAGCAGGAGAUGGUUUACAGCUUCAGCAGACAACAUAACUCACUAGCCAGGGUCGUUUUUAGAUACAACACACAGAAACAUGGACACCAACAAGAAAAGCAUGAUCAUGCAGCAUGAAUGGGUCAUGUUAAACAACAUAAAAUUUGAAUUUAAUGUUUACUAGUUGUCGAAUAAAGUAUGCUUGUGGUA